AUGAAGACUCGCCCGAAAAAAAGUGUUUCUUCACGUGCUAGGCGGACCUCAAAACGUCCUCGGCUAGAAUCAUAUUCAUUUGUUAUCAAUCCCAUUUACAAGGAUACCCACUUUGUGGAAGGCUUCCGCAGUGAUCUCAAAGAAAAACUACCAUUUCCUCAUUGGCAGCUGCGUAACUUCCUCGAAGUUGACAGUUCCGCGAUCGAGCAUGUUGAGCAGGAACUCAUAGAGUAUCCGGCUUGGCACCGCAAAGAGAAUGACCUGUACUCUCUAUUACAAACACCCGAUCUGCAGACUCUUGAUGGAUCCAAGUACCCAGGAAUAAAUAGCUUCCGGAAAUUCCUUUGUAAUGAAAUGCGCGAGUGGUUAGCGAAUACCAGUGGGAUAGAUCUUCUACCGGAGGUUGACUCCACAGGUAGUUGUUAUGCGACCACUGAUUGCCUACUUCCUCAUUCCGAUCAAGUUGAAAAUCGUCAUUUUGCCUUCGUAUAUUAUUUCACAGAAGAGCCCUGGGAGGAGUCAUUUGGAGGACAGACCAACAUCUACAACACAAACGAAAAUUGUGAACCCACGGAGGUCUUCACUUCUUUCACUCCACAGAGGAACUCUCUGCUUCUUUUUGAGGUUUCUGAGAGAUCUUGGCAUUCUGUUGCUGAAGUUAUUGGAGAGGAAAACUCUCCGCGUCUUUCCAUAAAUGGCUGGUUCCACACUAAUCGCCCAAUUGAGCCACGUAUUCGCCCACCACUGACUCGCUCGCUGAUUUCACCCUACGGUGAUUCAGUUCUAUCUUCAUUCUUCAGUGAUCAAGUUCUCAAUGGGAAUUCUGAAAAAAGCAUGAGGGAGAUCUUCAAGAAAUCGAGUGAACUCCAGAUCAGAAGCGCUUUUCAGAAUGUUUUCUAUGAUGAUUUUCUGCUAGCGAUGGAUUCUGGGAAUUUUGUGGGAAGGGGUCCUGUAAAUAAAAGGUGGAUGAACGAAUAUGAUAUCGAAACUGCUAGCUCUGAUGGAUGCGCUAUUGAAUUUAUAAAAGCGCUGCGCUCCAACACAAUGAUGAACUUCAUCAAAAGUGUAACUGGAUCUGAGUACGAAGAACCGCAUACUACUCUGAGGAUCUUCCGCCUUACCCACGGAUGCUACACUGUUCUUGGAGACGAGGACGCCGACCAAUACACAAAAAAUGGGCCAUCGAUCGACUUUUGGUUCUAUUUCGGGAGAUCAAACUGGAACGAAGACGCUGGAGGAGAAAUUGUCUACAUCAAGAAAGAUGUGGAAGAACCGAUUCUUCGUUGUCCUCCAACUGUCGGAGCAAUGGCAAUAGUUCGCCGUGACGAAGAUGUAUUCCCUUUUCUUAAGUAUGUUAACCAUUUCGCUGGGUCUAACCCUAUCUACGUUGUCGCAUUGUCUGUUUACGGAUUGGUGACACAUACUGUUGAAAGCGCACAGGUCUCUGAAAGUCCGAAAGAAGAUCAUGAAAGGUCAUAA